UAUGAUAUGGCUGCCCAAAUGAUAGGAACAAAUGAUUGAAAAAGAGCUUCUAAGAAACCCUCCAAAAGCUUCAAAGGAACCAUCAUGAAAGCAAACUUAUUAAAAGCACCGGAAAGUGCGCUUAAUUGACAAAGCAAAGGGAGCGUCCCCAAAGCGCUUGGCUUUUCAGCAGUGAUGAUGGAUAAGAAAGUGUCUCUCUUUUCUGGUGCUUUUCUGAAGCGGUUGAUUUUUUGAGCUUUUCACAAAAAUCUGCAAUCGACUUCUUCCAAGAAGCUGUCAGGUCGUAUCUAGUUCGAAAUCUGGUCUUGCAUACUCCGGUGCCUACCCAGAGGCGGUUUGAGAGAUUUAGUUACACCGAUGAGAUGGCUGUGGACCUUGAGGGUGAAGGUGGAAGAAUGAUUAGCGAGGGAGAUGAUGUGUAUUCUAGCAUCAAAGCUUGUGGCCCGAUUGAAAUUACAACUUCUAUUGUGUCUCCGUCAUUUUAGAUUUUUAGCUGCUUCACGUUUCUUUCACGUAGAAUCAACAGGAUGAUGGCAAGCGAGCACCAUUUAAUGAGACAGCUCAUCUUGAAACCCAUUGUCAUAAUUUCUUUUUCCUAUAUCAAACUUUGACCAUGUUUUGAUCAUUUAGUACAACCGAGUGUGUUUUGUCGUCGCCUCCCCGAUAUCGUCCAUUCGUCCCCACUCUUUUCGACCAAAGUUACUGUAAGUAUGGUGAUGGAGUAUAUGGCCCGGGAACCCCCGGCCCACAGACUCCUACUACUCCAGCAAAGGCACAACAAGCCCAGAAGGCCCAACAGGCCCAAUUCACAGCGCCCGGAGUACCAAGCAGUCUGCACAACGCGCAGGGGUGCCUUCGGCCCCCUGGCCGAAAGCUCCAAAUUCUCACAGAACGGGUUUCUCAAGCAAACUAAGAAACUGGGAGAAAACGGCUAAAACAGAAGCCCUCGGCACUGUGAGCCCUCGGCACCAGGGGUGCCAUCGGGAGGAAGAGUCCUCGGCUACUGCUCUAUAGCCGAAGGCAUCUCACCCGACAAGAUAUCCGCCUCACAUGCGUACAGAUCAUCGUACUCUGCACAGACGUCCCAUCCAACAGCCGCAUUGAAUGCGGCCACAUGCGGCUGCCAGCGCCAACCAGUUGAGGUGACCCCUCGGCCAAUGAGCGCUUGACACGUGUCCCUGCCCGGCAUUUAUUGCUGCUAUAAAUAGCACCCCAUUUCCUCAUGUGUAACCACGCUGAAAAGUGAUAACACACUGAAUACACUCUCUCUCUCUACUUUUAUUCACUUGCUCUGACUUCUCUCUAAAUUAUUCCCCGUAAUAACCCUUCGGAUAUAUACCCCCGGGUAGACUAUCCAUCAUUUGGUGCUCUCGUUGAGAGGUUGAACAAUCGAGUAAGAAACCCUCCCCCUCGACCAAACACAAAACACUAGCCCUCUAUCAAAAUGGUGAGGACAACACGUGCCAACUCAAAGAACGUAGAAGACAAGAACCUGGCCCUCGGCGACGUCAACGCCCCCGAAGCCUCUCACAGGGCUCCCGAGGGCGGUGUCCUCGCUGGGCUGGAACAGGCGGCUGUCGACCUACGCCUUCAGAUCCAACAAAACGCCCCCGAUGCCCGCCUCGGCAUCGAGGCCAAGAAGAAAAACCGGAGCGAUGACCAAGUCAGCCCUCCGGUUCUCACCAUCGACGUACAAUCGGCGCUCUCCGCCUUCAUCCAAACGCUCACCCAGAACCCGGGUGCCUUCGGCACCCUGGCUCCGGCUCACCCUCAGAUCGGGGAGAAUAUCAUACUUCCCCCUCUGCCACACCCCUUCGGAAAUCCCACCCCUCGGGUGAGAAACGACGAAGGGGUGGUGGCCCGAGAAACAUCCUCCCAGGAAGUUCAGUCCCGGGACCGCCAUAAUGACAACAGGGAGAGGCCCCGUACUUCCGCCCUCAACCGGCUCGGAGGAGGGCCAGACUGCCGAGGGGUCCAAGAUCGCCUCGGGGGGAAAGCACUCCAAAGGCCCCAGGAAAGCGGGGGAUCUGUUUCGAGGGCAGACGAGGAGCGUCCCCCUCGGGACCAAGGCAAGGCACCCCUUCAUGCCGAUGAUGCUCGGCACCAAAUCAACCAGGCCCACUCGGCCCGGGUUCGUUCGCAGGGGGCGGAGACCCUCCCGAGGGACCCCCGGGACGAGAUUAUUGCGGCCCUCCAACGCCGGUUUGACGAAAUGGAGUCCAAAAAAGCUCACGCCACCACCUCCACCCCUCACUCAGAUCUCAAAUACGAGGCCAUGAUGGCCAAAAUGGAGGAGUUACAGAAGAAGGUGGCCGAGGGCUCCGGGGAACCCGUCAUCCAGCUCCGGACUCGGACGCCAUUUACCCCAAGGGUAUUGGCGGCCCGGAUCCCGGAGAAAUACUGAGGGCAGCACAUACAGCCCUACAGCGGAAAAACGGACCCCCAGGAGCAUUACAGCAAGUACCAGAACAGCAUGAUGAUGGUGGGGGCGUCAGACGAAUAUUUGUGUCGUUGGUUCCUCUCCACCUUAGAGGGACCAGCAUACGAAUGGUUCAACAGGCUGCCCGAGGGCUGUAUUGAUUCAUGGCAAGAACUCGCCCAGCAGUUCUUAACACAAUUUGCCGGGAGGCGUCGCACAAGGAAGCACUUCUCCCACCUCCUAACGAUACGCCAGAAGAAGGAUGAGACCCUUCGGGAUUUCUUGGAGCGCUGGAGGACGGAGGCCGACAAGGUCGACGGUGCUGAUGACGGGACCCUCCUGGCCCUCCUACAAACCGUCCUCCGCACCGGCAACUUUUCAAGGAGCCUCAUCAUUGAACCCCCCCGCGACUACAUAAGGGCCUUGCAGCGGGGGGGACAGAUAUGCUGAGGCCGAGGAGGUGGAGAAGUAUCACCAGCAUCCGGGCCAGCAGCCCCCGAGGGCUGACAACAAGCACAACCGAGGGCCGGGGACUCCUCCAAAUCGCCCCAAGGCUUCGGGACCCUCUGAUGACCGCCCUCGGCAAGGCCAAGCCAAGCCCGGGGGAGGUUAUAGGAGCAACCCUAAGACUUGGGCCCAGCCCAUUCUCCUGGACCGCCCUCGGACCCCAUUGACGCACCCCGUCAGCAUCAUCCUCGAUUUUGCAGAGGAGAGGGGCCCCGUUGAACGCGAUUCUCGCGCACCCCCGGAGGUACACGCUAUCAACCCUCAGUUCCCCUACUGUCGCUUCCAUCGACACCAGGGGCACAGGACCGAUGACUGCCAUCAACUGAAGACGGCCAUCGAGAGAUUAAUACAGGCAGGGCACCUGUCCCAGUUUGUCCAGAGCCCUCGGCAGGAUGGACCUUCUCAUCAGGGACCUCCCCGAGGGCACCAUACGAAGGUAAAUGCCUGGGUGAAUCCGAACACCAUCCCCCUCGGCAAGAAGAGGGAGAUCGGAAACUUGGAAGAAGAGGAGGAGGAGUACCCCCACUACCAGGAGAAGAAACGCCACAUCCUCAUGAUCACCGGUGGCAAUACAGGGGGCGAUUCCACCAGCCAGCGGAAGAAGUGGGCUCAAUCGCUUUACGUAGGGGAAGUCACUCAUAUGCCCCCGGUGAAGUGAUUGAGGGAGGAACCCAUCACCUUCACCAACGCGGAUCUCCCUCCUACUUCUUCUCCUCACAGGGAUGCCUUGGUGAUUCGGACAGAGAUCAACGACACCAUCAUUCACCGAACUUACGUUGACACGGGCAGCUCCGUCAAUGUAAUGUACCUCAGUACCUUCAGAGAGCUGCAUCUGGAGAGGGGGUCUCUUCGGCCCAUUAAGACCCCUCUUGCUGGUUUCACCAGCGAUACUAUUGAUUCCGAGGGGGUAAUAACCCUCCCAGUGAUCUUCGGCGACGGGAUCCAUAGAGCCCAGCUCGAAGUGGAGUUCGUCGUCGUCAACAUUGACUGCGCUCACAACAUCAUACUCGGCCGGCCAGCCCUCGAGGACCUCGGAGCCAUCAUCUCCAUGAGGCAUCUCUGCCUCAAGUUUCCCGCCGAGGGGGGCAUUGGCUACUCCCGGGGGAAUCAAAAAAUUGCCCGCGCCUGCUAUCUUCAGGUCACUAAGAAGGUAAGCAAGACGGAAUUCCGUGUUGACACCAUCACCGGAGCCGCCGACCAAGAGGAAAGAAGGCCGAGGGCUGAACCGGCCGAGGACGUAGAAGACUUUGCGCUCGAUCCGGCCCAGCCGGAGAGAGUCGUGAAGAUUGGAGCCCAGCUCCCUGAAGAUUUGAAGACCGGUAUCACCAACGCCCUCCGCGCCUACUCCACUGUCUUUGCAUGGGGGCCGGAGGACAUGCCGGGAAUUAGCCGAAGGGUCAUCACCCACCGCCUCUCGGUGGACCCCUCGGCAAAAGCAGUGCAACAACGAAGAAGACCCCUCUCCGCCGAGAGAAGGGAAUUUGUGAAGAAGGAGGUCGCCAUGCUCCUCUCAAUCAAGCACAUCAAGGAGGUGAAAUACCCCUCAUGGCUAGCAAAUGUAGUCCUCGCACAGAAGCCCCCUACCUUCCGCAUGUGCGUGGACUACACCGAUCUCAACAAAGCAUGCCCUAUGGAUCCAUUCCCUCUACCAAACAUUGAUCAAUUGGUGGAUGAGACCGCAGGGUGUGAGAUCAUGUCCUUCCUCGAUGCCUUCCGAGGGUACCAUCAAAUAUUCAUGCACGAGGAGGACGCCGAAAAAACUGCCUUCAUGACUCCCGAGGGCAUCUUCUGCUACCUAGUGAGGGCCUUCGGCCUAAAGAACUCAGGGGCCACUUACACCCGGAUGGUGGCCCGGGUCUUUCAAGCCGUCCUAGGGCGCACCAUGGAGGCCUAUGUCGACGACAUGAUCGUCAAGAGCAAGCAAUCUUCCAGCCAUGCUGACGACCUCCGGGAAAUCUUCGCCAUCAUGCAAAAAUUCAACCUUCGGUUAAACUCGAACAAGUGCACCUUCGGCGUCCAAGGGGGCAAAUUCUUAGGCUACAUGGUGAGCCGAAGGGGUAUUGAGGCCAAUCCCGAGAAGAUCCAGGCCAUCAUCAACAUGGAGCCCCCACGCAACGUGAAGGAAGUUCAACGGUUGACGGGCCGCCUGGCAGCCCUCAACCGCUUCCUAUCUAAAUCGGCAGAGAAGUCUCUACCCUUCUUCCAGAUCAUGAGGAAGACGGCUGGCUUUCUAUGGACUCCAGAAUGCCAGGGGGCUUUCGACGAGCUAAAAAGAUAUCUAUCUUCACCCCCUGUGCUCUCCAAACCCAAGGUAGGGGAGACCCUCUACCUCUACCUUGGGGUUAGCCCGGCGGCCGUCAGCUCUGUGCUCAUCCGGGAGGAAGACGGCAUCCAACAUGCCAUCUUCUACGUUAGCAAGACCCUAAGGGAGGCCGAGCUCAGGUACUCCCCUGUGGAAAAACGGUGUUGGCCAUCGUUUGGACUGUCAAGAAGUUGGGCCACUACUUUCAGGCUCACCCCGUUCAGGUCCUCACUCAUCAACCCCUCGGCGCCCUCAUGAGGAGCCCCACCAGCUCCUCCCGCAUGGUUAAAUGGGCUAUCUUCUUGAGCCAAUACAACAUUGACAUCCGUCCAAGGCCUGCCAUCAAGGGCCAAGCCCUAGCGGACUUUGUGACGGAAUGUACCGCAAGGGCAGCCACGGACGGGGAGCCCUCGGCUACCUCGGACGACUGGUGGACCCUCUACACUGACGGCUCCUCCGCGACCAAAGCAUGCGGAGGAGGGGUAGUCCUCAUUACUCCCGAGGGCUUCAGAGCUUACUAUGCAAUCCGCUUCUCCUUCAAGGUCUCCAACAAUGAGGCCGAAUAUGAGGCCCUCCUAUGUGGCCUUCGGCUGGCUGCCAACAUGAGGGCUCGGCAGAUCCACAUCAAAUGCGACUCCAAGUUGGUCGUUGGCCAAAUCUCCGAAGAAUAUGAGGCCAAGGAGGGGGGAUUUCUUUCCGGCAUCCCCGGUCUUGGGCUUCUUGCCCUCGGGAUCUCUGCCCGAGCCCUUCCUUUUGGCGGCAGCAGCAGCAUCAGUGCUUGGGCCCACCGACGGCCCCUCCGUUUUUUUGAAGAAGUCACCGGCGGGUUUUGGGACACCGGCGUCCGUCCCCCUCGGGCCCUUGGAGGGUUUCUUCUUCUUCAAAUCUGCAAGGCCUCUAACAUUCAUCAUUUUCACUGGGACACCUGCGAAAAACAAAGGAAUGGGGUUAGAAUCGAGGGGUCGCUGACCGAAGGCACAAUGAACAAAAAAAAAAAACGAACAGGAUAAGCUAUGUGCUAAGGGACCUCGUAGACUACCUCCUGUUCCCCCGAAGGCCUCAGCAAAAACGGGGUACUUCUCAUCCGCUUCACCAAUAAAUCGGUAUCUCCGAAAGCCGAGGGCGUAGAAUCCCUUGUCGGCAGUAUAGUCUUUGAUGGAGACCUGCUUGGUGCGACCCUCCGGGAUUUUUGCUAUCACCAGGCCGUCUUUUUCGAGGGCGGCGCUUCCAACCUUCGGAUGCCGACGGAAGCGAUCCCGAAGUUCCACCGGGAAUGGGUUCUCAGCAACCCUGACAUAGCACCAGCGCUCCUUCCAGUCCUUGUUUGACGAAGGCGCCUCCGUAAACAGCUUCCACCUGGCCACCUGCUGCAGGUUGGCGAAGCCCUCGGCAUUCGCGUGACCCCCUCGACAGAGGUUGAAGCUCUGGAAGAACAAGUCCAGGCUGGGGGUCACCCCUCGGUCCCUACAGAGGUUUAAAAAACCCGCCACGUAGGAAUGGCUGUUAGGUGUCAGCUGGCAGGGCACCAAGCCAACGAACCUCAGGUACUCCCGGAGGAAGGGGUGCAGCGGGAACCGAAGACCCAUGGAGACCGACAACACGUGUACUGCAAUGCACCCUUCAGGCGCCCGAGAGAGCACAUCGUCAACUCCCGGCUCGACCACCUCGGCCGAGGGCCCUACAUGUAGCUGCGUCACGUAGAGGUCCGCCCUGUCCGCCUUCGACCUUAUCUCCAAGGCGGCCGUGUUGAGCCAGGAAUACCCCUCCGGCAUAUCUACGGGUUUCCCCUGAUCAACAGCUAUGACCUUCUUCUUGGGGACAGCCGCCUUGGCCUUCUUCUUCCCGGGGGCCACCCGGAUGGGAACCGCGUUCAACGGCUGGGAAGUACUGGCCUCACCAGCACCCCGAGGGGGAAGGACGGCCACAGUGACCUUCGCCCUCUCCUUCUCCUCCUCCUCUUCAGCAACUUGGACGGCGAGGGCCAACUCUUCAUCCUCAGCAGUUCGCUCGAAUUCCUCCGCCUCGGCCUCAGCCGUCAGAUCCUUCUGCACCUCAGUGGCGAGGGCUGCAUCACCACAAUCCGAGGGCUGACCACUGCUUGACUCCACAUCGGAGAUGCCUUCGUCCUCCAUCGAGGGCGUCCUCGAGAUAUCCUGAGAGUCACUCUGGGACGACAUUCGCACCUUUGUUCGAGGGCUCGUAGACGGUAGUGUCUCCUAACUUUUCUAUCUCCUAAACUAAGGGCACAGUACAGCUAUGCUAGAAGGAGAAAGGCAGGGAGCACUGACCUCGAAAGCUGAGUUUUGACCGAAGGCUGAACUUUCUCUCUCUAGAAAAAUUGACAGAGCUUCGCUAACAAGUUUAUCGCACACGGAGGAAUGCCUGGCCUUGGGGUAUUUAUAGGCGAUGAAUCCGGGCUUGGGCCUGGAUUCCGGGCCUCCGGAUGGACGCCAUCAUUACACACCGCCGUUUCACCCAACCGGUGACGCCGCCCACGGACAGCCAGCCAUCACACGCCACGUGUCCCCCCCCCCCAACGGCUAUAUCCUGUCGUUACAUAUUCCAACGGCUAUAUUUCCAACGACUAUAUUUUGGAAGCCCCCGGGUUUUCUACUUCACUCCACUUCAUCAAAGAUAGCCUCCGGGUGCACUCACCCAGAAGUGCCCGGGAUUGUGCCCCACACAGCACAUUACAUACGCCUUCGGGAUCACCCCUUCAGAUCCCUAGGGCUGCAUAUCAGGGCACCCCUCGGGAUUUUCCCCUCAGCACUGCAAAACCGAGUAGCCCCCGGGGAGUGCCUCAUUGAUGGAUGGCCCAUGUCCCUCGGGUAUCUUCAUCACCACCUCAUCAACAAACAGUGGACCCCCCGGUAACAGCUUCACUGCUGCCCUCAUCUGGCAGGCCCUCGAUCCCUGGAUUGAGGGGCUCCCCUUCGGCGCCACCAGGAUAUCAACAGCAAGCCUUCGGCUAAUCAACACAGGAGCCCUCAGAAGAGAGAGCCUUCGGCAUUCCCGCCAUCCUCCAUUUUUUACCAAGGUUUGACAUUUUCGAUUCAUCAUUGGGGGACUUCGGUGCACUCUUUUUCCCUCAUUAGGAUUUUUUCCCAAAGGGUUUUUUCUAAUGAGGUUUUUAACGAGGCAUCCCCCCAAAAUGAAACGAAGAGCGUCAGCCUUCGGCCCACAACAACAACGUAACUACUUUACUCCUUUUCACCACUUUACAAGUGCCUCAAGGAGUGGGGGACUGGAGGACCCCUUCGGGAAAAUCAUUAAAUUACAAAAUCUGUGAAAUUCCAACAAACAACAAAGCAAGCCCUCAAGUCCCGACAUGUGGGUAACUGAGGGACUGCCUUCGGCAGGGACAUAAAAGCAACAACUCCUCACCAACUUCAGAGAUCUCAACGGGAUAACAUCAAAGGGCAAGCACAAAUUACUCCUUUUCCCCCAAGUACCUUUCGGCAAAAGGAGUGAGGGACUCCUGAUGGAGUAUAUGGCCCGGGAACCCCCGGCCCACAGACUCCUACUACUCCAGCAAAGGCCCAACAGGCCUAGAAGGCCCAACAGGCCCAAUUCACAGCGCCCGGAGUACCAAGCAGUCUGCACAACGCGCAGGGGUGCCUUCGGCCCCCUGGCCGAAGGCUCCAAAUUCUCACAGAACGGGUUUCUCAAGCAAACUAAGAAACUGGGAGAAAACGGCUAAAACAGAAGCCCUCGGCACUGUGAGCCCUCGGCACCAGGGGUGCCAUCGGGAGGAAGAGCCCUCGGCUACUGCUCUAUAGCCGAAGGCAUCUCACCCGACAAGAUAUCCGCCUCACAUGCGUACAGAUCACCGUACUCUGCACAGACGUCCCAUCCAACAGCCGCAUUAAAUGCGGCCACAUGCGGCUGCCAGUGCCAACCAGUUGAGGUGACCCCUCGGCCAAUGAGCGCUUGACACGUGUCCCUGCCCGGCAUUUAUUGCUGCUAUAAAUAGCACCCCAUUUCCUCAUUUGUAACCACGCUGAAAAGUGAUAACACACUGAAUACACUCUCUCUCUCUACUUUUAUUCACUUGCUCUGACUUCUCUCUAAAUUAUUCCCCGUAAUAACCCUUCGGAUAUAUACCCCCGGGUAGACUAUCCAUCAUAUGGUCUAAUCAAAGAUUUAGUAGUCUUGAAAGUUGCCAAACCGGAGCUGCAUGGUUUAUCCACUCGAUUAUCUAAAAGUCUAGCAUCUACGCCGGGGAGCCAUAACAGGGCCAUUAAUAGUGUCAUUAAAGAUGGUUGCAAUUCCAAAUAUCGCCUGUGAAGUGAAGUUGCUGCAGUUAUAACCGUAUACUAGCAGUUCCGUUCCAUAUCUGGUGGAGCACUAUCAGGAUGGUUAACCAUCCUUAGCAGCAAUUAUAUUUGAUUUUAUAUUUUUUAUUAAUUCAAUCGUGGCAGAUGGAUAGAACAGUGAUAUCUCACAUGGUAUGCACAUGAUGUUCAAGGGCAGGAACAGUUUUUCCCCAUCCGGUUCCCUUUAUAUAUAGAGAGAAUAAAUCCUUAACAAUGAACUACAUUAUAGGGCCAUCCUAGCGCGCUUAUCUCACAUCUCCCUCUCGCUUAAACCCUUUCUAGACCCUUUUCUAUCCUCUUGCUCUGCUCUCAUUCCAUUGUACGCUGCUCACAUCAGUUUCAAAUGGUUAAGAAUAAGAAGAAGUGAAAGGUAGAGGGAGAGGCCGGUCCAUCAUCCAAAGCUCCCAUGUUAGAGUUGGAGCCGACCUUCGACAAGUACGAAGAGACCCUAGUAAAUCACAAGAAGAAGUGGAUCAUCAUGAUGAUAGGGGGACUGAUGCAAAGUAUAUUGAACUUCUUUGGUGGUUGAAAUAUAUGGGAUGCAGGGAUGGGACUGCGUUUGACGAAAUUGAAAACCUGAAUGGGGUAAGAGGUUGUCCUUUGGUUGAGGUUGAGAUAGCAUACGGUGAUGAGUGGGUUAAGUUCUUGAUAGCUAAAAUGAUGUUGUAUGUAGUGGGCUUUAUAACAACGGAUGGAGAAAAGUUUCACUUUAGGAGGUCGUGUGGAUUUCUAAUAGAAGGACUUAUGGAGCUGCAAGAAUACGACAUGAAGUAUACUGCUGAGCCCUGGGAGAGAAGCUAAGGUUGACCUUUUAGGAUGGAAACUCGAGUCUUAACAAGGUAUCAGAGCUAAUUCAGGUUGUGGUUUGACUGCUUGUUUAGCACCCGUGAUUACAGGUAGCUUGUUAAGGGUCUAUUUGGCCCAUUUUUACAUCCCGAUAUUGUCCAACUCGGUUUGGGCUGAGGGGGUGUGUUAAAGUAUUUGUCCCACAUCGGAAAGCUAUAAAACAAUAAAACAUUAUAUAAGCCUUUGAGUUACUCCUCCUAUUAGGUUGACCUUUUAGGAUGGAACCUCGGGUCUUAACAUCAACCCCUAGGAAAGUAUGUAAUGAGAAUACAUGAGUAGUUUUCUAUGUACGUAAGAUCCUGCACAUUUACAGUUCACAAGGAAUAUCCUAAAUAAUUUGACCUAUUUGCACCUAUAUUUUGUCGCGACUCAAAGUACUCUAAUUUUUCCUAUUCCGAGUUUUGAGUUUUGACCCAAUAUUCAUCUCAGUUAAACUAGAAAUGAUAUAAUAAAUUGUAAUUAGCUCCCUAGCUAACAAUGAUUGUAUUUAAAUCAUUAGAAUAAUUAUGCUUGGUAUUUUAUUUGGUAGUAUAUACGAAAUUCAAUGAAAAUUUGUUUCUUUUAUUGAAAUAUGAACUUUUGGGUAAAAAAACUUAAGUUUUAGAGAGCUAUCAUCAGUUUUUGGGACAAAGGAGUAAUUUUUACCUGCUUUAGCUGCUUUGUUUGACAUAUUUAGUAUUUAAUGUGAUAUUAAUUAUCUUUCUUAUACAAAGUAUUUCUUAUAUAUAUCAGCUGCAAAACCUUUAAUAAGCAGGUGUAAGGGUUAUUGUCUUCUCUAAUCCUCUGCCUCUUUAGUUUGAACAGAAAAUAGAGUAUUUUCUCUCAUAUUCCUAAUCUAUUGACAUUCACUUUGAUUUUUCACUCAAGUCAUUGUUGGUGUUUUUUGGUAGCGGUUGAACGUAUUUUCGGUGAAAAAAGGGACCAUGAUACUAAAACUUCCGUUGUUGCGAAGUGAGAGGGUUGGAAAAAGAAUCACCAGGGCCAUCAAAUACAUAGAUUGAUCAGGGGAUUUUCUAUGUUUGAAGAGCAUACAAGCACUUUAAGGGGUUGAGCACAAAAGAUUUGAAAUCAUUUGUCCAGUAACGUUUACAGCGAGUGAAUGAUUUAUUCUUAUUAUUAUUUUAUUAAAUUUCUACGUUUAGAAUGUCAACAAAUGUUAUUCUAGUAGUUUUGUUAUAUUUGGCUUAAGAUUAGAAGACUGAGAUUAUUAUUUGUAUACAUUCUAAGUUUCUAAAAAAGAAUAUUUAUUUUAG